AUGUACAAGUUACGGCUGGAAAUGCUAGGGUAUUCGCUGAGUCACCGGCCCGGGUCGGACAGCAUAAAAACAGGAAAACGCAGGGCAGGUCGGGCUCGGAAAAGUCGGGUCGUGCAGAGCUCGGGUCUGCCCUACUGGCACAAAGACUCCAACAAGAGAGUGAUAGCAAUAUCCGUUGCUGCACUGGGCUUGCUGUUGAUAGGUGGGGCUAUCAUAUUUGCUUUCACAGGUUUAUCCGGUGGCGACACUGGCGAAGCUGGCGGCGCCGACGACUCUGCCGGUGGCAACGACGGAGGGGUACAGUAUGAUCCUCCCAGUGGUGUGGCCUCCGCGGACAGCCCAUCUUCAACAACUUCCUCUACGACAAGCACCACUACGACAAGCACCACUACGACAACUACGACUACGACAACUACGAGGGCUCCCCUGACCGACGCAGAACUGACAAAACUGGCCGAAACGCGUCCCAUCACCAUCCUUUUCGUCGGUGAUCACAGCUUCAGCAGUAUAUCGAAGGAACUAUUCAUGAUAUAUGCACAAAGCCAGCUUAACAUGAUGAAUGCAGCCUUGGCAGAAAAUAAUAUCAAGCUGAAGAUUAAAGUUUACGACACCUAUGUGAUGAAUGAGGAACAAGACCGAACCCAGCUCGUAGAAAUUCCUGAUCGACAGAUGCCGACAAUAGACGCAGAUGACACCGUGCACUCACUUGUGAAAAUAUUGUAUGAAUACCCUGGGAGCAACGAGUCCGACAAGGUCUAUGUACUCACGAGAAAGUUUCUCGGCAGCAAAAAGAAUGACAAGACACCCGUUGUGAGUAAGUAUACAAGUCACAGUAAUUAA